AUGGAUGAGGAAAAAACGGCCGCGGUGUCCGCAGUGAACACUGUCAGCUUAGCCUACUUUAAAGCGGACCCAGCUUUGUUUUUCGCACAGUUAGAGUCGGAGUGCGAACUGAGAGGAAUUACCUCCCAGAAAACAAAAUUUAAUUUAGCGGUCUCCAAGUUGCCUCUAGAAGCUGUCCAGGCGGUGAGAGAAAUUAUUAUCUCUCCGCCGAAAGACAAGCCAUAUUAUAAGUUAAAGGAGGAACUUGUUCGGAGGACGUCUGUGUCACGACAAAAGAAAUUGUCGCAGCUUUUGCAUGAGGAACAAUUGGGAGACAGCAAGCCGUCGCAAUUUUUACGUCGUUUACAACAUCUAGCCGGAGAAAGUAAUGAGGAUGGCAUUAUACGUCAUAUUUUUCUCCAGCGUUUGCCCCCUGCGUAUCACGCUGUUUUAGCCGCGGUGGGUGAAGAUGCACCCGUCGAAAAGCUGGCUGAAAUAGCAGAUAAUGUAGCUGACCUAACUUCGGGAUGCACUGCUCCCGUUUCUGCCGUACAGACGCAAGAGCCAGAUCCGCUGGCUAGACUUUUGGAGGGACAACGAAGGUUAGAGGCUAGGAUGGAAGACUUAGAGAGAGACGGUUGCAGAAGGUUAGCAUUCACCGCUCCCCAAAGCAGAGGUCGUGUAAAAGCUGUUAGCAAGGACCCAAUGUGCUACUUACACAGGAAAUUCGGAGAUAGGGCUAAUUAUUGUAAGCCCCCCUGUUCCUUCAAUUCGCAACAGGGAAAAGCCUAG